GACACAGACGGGGGCAGGGAGGGAGAAGAAGAUGCUUUGAAAAACAGAUCUUUAAAAAAGAGACCACACAGAGGGCUUCUGUUGAGAUUCAGAGUGUUAAACACACUCAGGAUACACUUUGUUCUGGCACUGAAACAUGACAUAACUUCCACUGGUGCUGUGCUCUGCCUGCGUCUUGUUUCCGUGGAUAAAAGACUGAAUUCUUUAAAUGUUACACAAGGACAAUUUUGAGAACAUACUGAUAGUGACUGGUGUAAGAAAAGUUAUUGUGCGGAUUUAUUAGUUAACUGACUACAAGAAUAUUCAAGUGAGAGCUCCGACUAAUGAGUGUAUGUCAGGAAAUUCACAAGAAAAUGUUUUUCACAAGUCCCCAAAGUCCAUGAUGACAUUUUCAAAUGUCUAAUUUUAUCCCAAAACACAGAUAUUCACUUGACUAUUAUAGAUGAGUGAGAAAAACAGAAAUGAUUUGUAUUUGAGAACCUUGAACAAGUCAAUUUUUCACAGUUUAGCUUUAAAAAAUUGCAAUAACACGCUGUAUUUAAUUUGUGGCCUGUGGGCCGAAUGUGGCCAUUUAACAACCUCAUUCCAGCCUAUUUAUAAUUUAUUAGUCAGCUAAUUAACCCUUUCAUUAGCCGUGUCUGUUGCCAAUCACAAAAAUACUGUUUAAGUUAAGCCUGAGGUCUAACGUCUUAUAACUUGUGAUGGAUGUUACUGUCAUUACUUUUAAUUAACUAAGAGAAACAAAGUAUAGAUUGAUCAAUAACCUCAAACAAUCAUUUAGUCGGAGCCGUACUCGUCAUGUAAAUGUUUUGAGAAUUAAAAUCUCUAGCGAACAGUGAAAAUAAAUUGAUCUGUUGACAUUUCUGUAUUGUCCCACAGUUGCAUCAUUCGAGUCAUGUGAAUACCAACACUGAUACUCAAACUCUACCUCCAGUAAAACAGGAACCUAACUACUCUUCAGACUCAAAGAUGAACUGAUCGAUCAAUUAAACAGGCACACAGACCGAACACAGAUCAGACGUCACUUCAAGCACGAGACCGGUUCUGAGACAAAUCCAGCCUGGUAUAAAACAUACCACCAGAAUAAUAAACUCUGGGUAUAUAUUUCCAUUUAAAUUCAUACCCAUUUCUUUUACCAAUCAAACUCCUGUAUGUACUUCUUCUAAUUUCUCCAUCUAAACGUGUUUUCUUCCAUCAAAAAAGAACCAAAGCUCUAACAACCAGGAAGAUCUUGAGUGGAUAAUAUACAGCAAUAAAAUUUAACCUCCCUGAACUUGUUUACUAAGAUUGAGGUGUUAUAAAAGGAUCCAAUCAGUGGCAGGUUGUGGGUUUGACUCCCAUAUUGAACAGGUACAGAUAGAAAUGUGGUUUAAGGAGAAAUCUCUGGGGAAAAACUGUGAGCUUCAAAUAAAUAAAAGAGUACUAAUGUUAAAAAAAAAAAAAUGUACCUGUUAUAUAAAGCCACACCGCAGCACCAUGUCAUGUCUUAUCUAAUGGCUGCUGGUGUGCAAUAGGAAGGAUGUGUCAUUUCUGACAUGUAGGUCAUAUCAGAGCUCUCCAUGAGGCCUUCAGCUGGGCUUUAAACACACUGUUGUCAUCACCACCACCAACCUGACUCACAAACGCUUUUACCCUUUACACUCCUAAGAAGGGUGUUAAUACCUGAAGGCUUUACUCGCUGCAAAAAGGUUUCUCUGCAGCUUAUGCUCUAAAUACAAAAAAAUAAAAAAUAAUAAACCCCAAGCUGUUCAAGUAUGCUUUGUUAAUCCGGUAUUUUCCGGCUGGAAAAAACAGGCACACACACACACAAAAAAAACAAAAAAACAGUGGAGCAGUGAACAAAAUGGAGCGAUUAAAUGUCUAAGAUGGAGGUGAUGUGAGAAGACAGGACGAGGUGAGGAAGCGUUGGAAGUGUUGUUGUCGGAGCAGAGGAUGUUACAGAGCUGUGAAGUGUCCUUUGUGUGAGGAGGACACACUGGGCGCCAUCAUCCUACGGUAGCAGAGGCCUGCGAGCUCCCGUCAGGAGCCGAGGUGGACCAUCUUCGAGCCGGGGAGCGUUCAGGAGGGUCAGAGUCGAAGCAAAGACCAAAUUGAUGGCACAGGGAUGAGCCUGGGCAACAGGAAGGGAGUGAGGGUGACUGGGAAGUAUGCACCUCCGGUGGACUGGAGCAGCAGAGGGGCAGGUCCAUCCAUCGUCCACCCUCCCACCAGCAUCCCUUUACCUCCAGACACCCCGACUGUGAUCUCCAUCAGCCCUCUGCCUCACAGGCCCCCAGAACGAGCUGAUGAUCCCAGGAUGGAUGAACCCGCCGUUGGGGAGGACUGGACCAAAGAGGUGUCUCCACAAACCCGGGUGACCUACGGCGAGAUGGGCGUCCCCCGGCAGACCAUGGAGGAGCUGAAGACCAUCCUGAGAGACAGUCCUCUGCUCAGCAUCCGAGGAAGAGAUGUUGGGAAGCCAGGGAGUCCUUAUACGUACCUCCACGGAAGCAGCAGCAGCAGCAGUGGUGGUGGUGGGGGUGGAAAACCCGAUGGACGGCAGGAUGAUGGAAACCCCAACAGGGCGUUCAGCACCUUCAAACCCCACUCUGACGCUUCCAGAAGGGGGGCCAGCUCCAGAGAUAGUACAUCUAUUCAGCUGCCUUCCAGCAUGGAUUCAUCCAGCUCAUUCAGGUCUGAUGCCAACACAAAUAGGCAGCCUGGAGUCAGGGCACACACAUACGCAAGCGGUGGCUGCUCGGGAGAGACUGGAGCUUCUAAUACAGAUAACGGAAACGACACCGUCGAGAACUUUGGGAACGUGAAGUUCAUUUCAGCCAUGGAGCAGAUCAAACAGCAGAUCGCCAGAGAAAACAUCAACUUCGUUCGCUUUGAAGCCACCGACCUCCACGGGGUGUCCAGGUCCAAGACAGUGCCUGUCCGCUUCUUUCAUGAGAAAGCGGUCUAUGGGGUACCGAUGCCGAGAAGCUACUUGGAGCUGACCCUGAGCCCAAAGAGCAACGAGGUGGACAAUGCCAGCACUGCCAACUUCAGCAGUGAUGUCCUUCUGAUCCCGGAUCUUUCGACCUUUAAGGUCUUACCCUGGGCCGAGCAGACAGCCCGGGUCAUCUGCGACCCCUGCACUGUGACAGGAAGCCCCCUUCGCACGUCACCUCGCCUCAUCGCCAAGCAGCUGCUCGGCCAGCUCCAGACCAUGGGAUUCUCCAUGUUCUCAUCCUUCACCUACGAAUGCUGCGUCCUCGGAGCGCCAGACCGGAUCGGACCAAAGACACUAAUGUUCCCGGCCACCACCCUGCUCAGUAACCAUGACCUGCCUUUCUUCCAGCAGCUGGUGGACAGUAUGUACUGCAUGGGCGCAGACAUAGACAGCAUCUCCUCUGCAAGUGGCCCAGGCCAGAUGGAGAUCAACCUGAGGCCAGAGUUUGGGAUUGCAGCUGCAGAUACCGCCUUCACCUUCCGCACUGGCAUCAAAGAGAUGGCUCGUAAACACAGCUACAUUGCUAGCUUCUUCACGGACGACGGCCUGUACAAUGCUGGGGUGCUCUCUCACAGUUUGUGGGAUGCUAACGGCCGUCGUAGCCUCUUCCACAGCGGGGAGAAGGCGGGCGAGCUCUCUGAGAUCGGCAGGAAAUGGCUGGCCGGACUCCUCACCCACUCUGCUGCCCUGAGCUGCCUGAUGUCGCCUGGUCUGGGCUGCCGGAGCCACAUCGCCAAGACGAUCAAAGACCCCAAACGAAUGCUGUGUGCCACCUGCGGAUGCAAUGAUAACAGUAGCUCCUUCAAUAUCAAGUGUCACGGCGGGAGGGAGACACACAUCGACAACAAGUUGGGCUCAGCUAUGGCCAACCCUUACAUCGUCCUGGCUGCCACUGCGGCCGCAGGACUGGACGGCAUCAGACGAAACCUCAACAUCGACGGCAGUCUGAACAAAGCCCCCAGUCAGCAGAAGGAGUUCGCCAUUCCUGUGAAGCUCGACGACGCCCUGGAGGCCCUGGGGGACGAUCACGUCAUCCGCAAUGCCCUCGGAGAGCCGUUUGUUCAGUAUUUCAUUGCCAUGAAAAAGUUUGAGAUUGAGACCCAAGAACUGGAUGAUGAGAGGAACAAGUGCCUGGAGUAUUUCAUCUAGAAAUCCUCUUGUUUUUAUAAUAUGAGAAA